AUGCAGCGCAGGGCGGCGACUAAACUCUUGUCACGUGCUUUAGCUGCCACAAAGGCGCAAACCACGCGCCUCCCAUCGACUUUAGAUGCCUCUUUGUGUAGAGCUGCAGCGCAGAUGCAGUUUAGCCAGGCUAUACGAUCGCUGACAGUCAACUCAGACUCCAGCUCUACGCCUUAUCGAUUCGCAGCUAUUGCUGGGGCUGCAGCGCUCGCCGGGGCAGUGGGACUCACUGUGGAUGCAGCGCAAUCGGAACCAAUUCCAGACAAGAAGCACGAAAAGUAUGCUGAAGCGGUAGAUACCAUCCGCCAGCAGGUAUCGGAGUUCCGUACGACUCUUAAAAGCUACGAGACUCGUAUUCCCAAGGCUUUUCCUAUCAAGAAAAUUGGAAUUUCCAGGAUCCAUGCCCCCAAUGGCGUAUCGACGAUUCGGAUUGAGUUCGCGUGCCCGACGUUCGUUGAUCACGAAGCAAUCUUAGGUCGGUUCUUGCUACAGCUACAGAAAUUAUCGACACCUGGUUCUCGCCAAGCAGUCGAGGUGAUGCCGGCCCCGCAGGAAAGCUCGACGAAGAAGUCAGUCGUCGAGUCGUAUCAACAACCCGCUGUGACAUACGUGUACGCUAAUGGCUCUGGGUCGUUCCAGUUUUUGCGUGAUACCUCGUCGUUGCAAGCGACUUCGAAGUUCGUUUUCUAUAAGGAUGAGUUCCUCACGCAAGGCGAGAUCGACGCCGUCGUCGGUGCCUACAAGGAGAUUUACUCGUACGCGAAUGUGGACGCGUUCUUCCGUCACGAUCUGGACCAGCGCCGUAGAAAUGCACUUAUUGGACGUGGUAGGAACUCGACUAUUGCCCCUGCCGCCGCAGCUGAUAGCAAGGAAGAGGCGAUUCAGCAGCUACAAGGUCUUGGGAUUGAUGUGUUUGAGCCAACCCAGAACGAAAACAGCUUGACUUGGGAUAGCUUGGCUGGGUACGAAAAAGUGAAGUUGGAAAUUGAAGAUACAGUCGUAUUAGCACUUCAGAAUCCAGAGCUGUACGAACGCAUUGCGCAGAAAACUCGAUGCCGCUAUGAGAGCAAUCGUCCCCGUGCUGUGCUGUUCGAAGGCCCACCGGGUACCGGCAAGACUCUAAGUGCUCGUAUCAUCGCACAGCAAGCUGGGAUUCCCAUGAUCCAUAUCCCUAUCGAGAGUGUCGUAUCCAAGUGGUACGGUGACAGUGAGAAGAAGAUGUCGGCAAUCUUUGAUGCGUGUGAAAAGCUGGAUGGUGCCAUUAUUUUCAUUGACGAGAUUGAUGCACUUGCUGGAGAUCGUUCCGGUGGUACAAUGCACGAAGCAUCUCGCCGUAUUUUGUCAGUUCUUCUUCAAAAGGUGGAAGGUUUUGCCUCAGCCAAAAAAACCACCGUCGUGUGCGCCACCAACCGGAAGCAAGACCUGGAUGCGGCGCUAAUUAGCCGUUUUGAUCUUUCCAUUCGCUACAACCUUCCUGACGAGAAGACCCGCCGUGCUGUGUUUGGCCGCUAUGCUAAGCAGCUCUCAGACGAAGAACUUUCACAGUUGGCCGCCGUGUCCUCGCAGCUCUCGUGUCGAGAUAUUAAAGAGAUUUGUGAGUAUGCAGAGCGCAAGUGGGCGUCGAAGGUCUUGAAGAAGGAAGAGACAGCAGAAUUGCCAACGCUGCGAACCUACAUGGAAGCUGUGAAGAUCCACAUGGGUGGGAUCUCCAGUCACGGACCUCACCCUGACGUGUACGAGGCGUAA